AUGGCAAUUCUCGGAACCUUGAUUUCAUUCCAAGUCAUCGACUUUUGCGGGAUAAAUGUUGCCAAAAUUGCCGAUAAAGAAUUCAAUGAAAUAAACUCAUACGAACUUUGGUUUGAGCCGACAGAUGUUCACAAAGCUGCUAAAGCUUUUCAGACAGACUUGUGGAAAACUAUUAGUGUUGCAUCUCCAAACUUAAAUGAGCUAAGAACUAUGAUUUCAGAAAUUGCAGAUCCUGGAGACCAAGAAUAUAGUGAACUAGCACCUGAAUUGGAAGCGUGGUUCCUAUCUAAAAAGUUGCUUGCUCAGUCGCCAUCAUUGACGUUAUUGGUAACUCUGGGGCCACGAGGGGUGUUGGUAGUGCGACAUGGUGGACCUGAAGAACCAUUUUUUAUCCCACGCGACCGUAUUGAUGCGAAUACCGAACUAAGUGCUCGUUUGUAUCCAGCUCUCCCGCCUCCCUCUGAGACCAAUCUAAAUGAAUCCGGAGCAGGCGAUUGCUUGGCAGCUGGUGUCAUUGCUAGAGCUCUGCGCGGUUGCAGUGAGACACAGGCAAUUGCAGGAGGCCUUGCAGCUGCUCUUGCGUCGCUCGUAUCACCGUACGCAGUACCUGACAAAUUUCCAGAUCCUCAUAUAAUCGAAAAAGCUCCUUAUCAUACAAUAUCUUAAUUAUUUAUAUGUCCUUCAAUUGAACAAUGCUUAUAUCAGCUUACUCAAAUUAUUUUCAAACAGGAUCUUACAAGCUUUUUCUCUAGAAGUCUUUGGUGAAGACAAGAGAAAUUUCGACUCUUUUCUGUUCAAACUGUCUCAAUAGGCUAUUCUUCUAUAUUUUUUAAUUUUAAUUGGCUUUGUACGGUGUGCGAUGUGUUAUCACUGAAAUUCCAUGACGUCUCUCUUCUACUGUAUUUCUGUAAUAGAGAGUUUAUUUAUUACAUCUUACUGUACCAUAUGUACGUCUGAUUAAGAAAAACGACAUUUUGUACUAUUCAUUAUUGUAUGUUGUUUGUCCGUUAUCUAUGUUGUGAAACAGUCGUUUAUGUAGAAAGUUUGUUUAUCCUUUGUAUAUACAUGCUCAAUAUUUGUGCAAUAAGGUUUAUAAGAAAUAUAUUGAAGAUAUAUUUUGUAAUUUAUGGAUUUCAGCACUCACUGGUACCUACGAUCAAAGCCUACGUGAAUG